GCAAGGGCAAGGUCAUUGCAAAAUCAAAACACAAAAUAUUUUCAUUGCGACAUAAAAAGUUCGCUCAAAUAUAACCGAUUUCAAGGCAUCAAUAUGUUAAAUACGAUGUCAAGUUGGUUAGGAGGGGGUGGUACGAAAAAUAAAGAUAAAGAAGAACCCGAAAUUGACAGUUCUGAUCCAAAAACCAGUUCAGAAAGUGCAGGAAAAGCCAGCACAACUGAACCAAAAAAAGAUGAAGCCACACCACCACCACCAGCAGCUGACCCUGGGAAUCCGGAUUUGGCAGAAGGCCAGGAUGGUGCUGACCCAUUCCUUGGUGCCUCAGCAGAUCUCCAAGAAGUCUCCAAACAAGCUUUGAAUACCGCUAAAACAUGGGGAAGUUAUCUCUUCAGCGUUGGGAAGACCGCUACAAUGUCUGUAGCUCAGACUGCAAUGCACCUAAAAGACAAAGUUGAAGAGAGCACACCUAUUAUCAAUGAGUUCACAAAGGAACAGAAGAAGUUUGUAGAUGAGAAUCGUGAGAAGAAGCGUCAAGCUGAAGCGGCUGUCCCUCCAUGGGUUGGUUAUAAUGAAGAAGAGCAGAUGAGGGAUCAGAUAAUGGCUCUGUCAUUGGACAAGAGGAACUUUCUUCGUAAUCCUCCCUCUGGUGUCCCAUUCCACUUUGAUUUUGAUGCCUCUUUCCCAGUUGCUUUGGCCACAUUACAGGAGGAUCCAAAUCUGCAGAAAAUGCGAUUUGAACUUGUGCCAAAGGCUGUAAGUGAAGAGCACUUUUGGAGGAAUUACUUCUACCGCGUAUCGCUAAUUAAGCAGUCAACCCAGUUGACAUCGUUAGCCCAGUCAACAGGAAACACUGGUGAAAAUGCCUCCUCAAAAUCGAGCUCACGACGAUCAUCUUUAGAAAAUGGAAAUAAAGGUGAUAAUUCAUCUAAUUCCUCUUCCGAUUAUGACAAACUUUCCGAUAUUCAGGAGACUCUAUCCGCAAAAUGCAAAGGUCCAACUAAUGGAAAAGAUGACGUCGACCACCAGGAGGAAAUAUCGCCAGGAAGUCCACCCGACCAUGAAUUCGUUAGUGACGCAUUCCAAGAUUCAAAUAUCGAUGAAGAAGAUCUGAGGAAGGAGAUGCAGCAGCUUGGUAUGAACGACAAGGAAAAUGAUGAUAAUACAGACAAAAGCAAGGCUUCAGCGGCUAAAGAUACACCUAAAUAUGAUAUACCAGAAUGGGAAAAAGAAUUGCAACAAGAAUUACAAGAAUACGAGGUGGUCGAUGACGGAUUGGGAGACGAUGAUAUUGAAAACGAGAUUCUGAAGCAGCUUGAGCAGGAGGCAGUCGAGCAAUCCUAAGUCUGAUAAUGUCUGACAUUACAAUUGGAAACUGACACAAGGCAUUGCUAAUGGUGAUAUGUAUUCAGAUCUAAUGCGACAUAGGUUUUAAAACCAAUUGUUAGCGAUAGAUACGGUUUUGCUGUAUCUGUAAAAAGAUAUCGGACUAGAACUUGCUGAUAUUCCAUGAUUGUUGGGUCAUCCAUUCAGUAUGGGGUAGUUAGGGGUGAGAGGUAAGUGUGGGAGAAGGCAAAUGUACCAACGCAUACAUUUUAGCCAGUCUUGAGAUGUCAAAGUGUUUCUGUACCAAUUACUUGGUGGAUGAUCCUUCCUGAUAUCAGUUGAUGUUCUUUGUUGACGAAGAGGUUGUUGCUAGUUCUGGUCACAUACCAGCACCUUGCACUGCUAAAAAAGACUAUAAACAAAAUGUGAUAGAAUGUCACUUCUCCUGCAUGGAGAUCUGAGAAUUAUUACUGGGACGCCAUUUUCUGGCGGUUGUGGUGGAGCAUUCACAGUCUGAACAUCUGAAUCCUGAUUUUCAGUCUAGUCUAGUUUAUUGGUUUGGGAUGAGGAUUUCUUUCACUUAGCUGGCAACUAACUUGGUGUUGUUUGUGGAAUAGCGAUCUUAAUUGGGGAAGAUAGUAAUGAAUUUAAAUCCCUUGGUGCCAUGACUGUUCUAUGACCAAAGUUCCUUAUAUGUGAUACAUGAUGAUAAUUUCCACAGCUUAUCUCUGGUGCAAUGAAUAUAAAUUGUAUCUCUGGUGCAAUGAAUAUAAAUUGUAUCAGAAUAUAAGUUGCAUUGCAGAUUAGAGUAUGGUUUAGACUCAUUGCAUCUACUAUACGGUUUAUUAGCCUGUAGUAGAACAGUUUACCCGUGUGUUACAAAAAAGGUAGCCUGAAGUUGGACCUGGUGUAUGUAAGUUAGGCAGUGAUACUGGGGUAUUUGAAGUGAAAUUGUCUUGUUAUCAGAAAUAUGUAAGGACAUACUUUGGCAUAAUAUGUUGUCUAAAGUACAAAAAUAUCCCAAAAUGUAUAUGAGAAUUGUUUUAAAACCUCUGACUUGUAAUAUGAUAUGGGUUAUGGCAAUAGUGAUCUAUCUGGAUGUUCCGUACAAUUUGUAAAUAGUCAUGUCUUCAAAGUAUUUAUCGUCUGAUGGAUUGCUGAUAUCCGGGGUCUCGUUUGAUUAUAUCUGGUUACUUGUACUGUAAGCCAAAUUAUUUAUUUCUAUCCUUACCUCUCAAGGUCCUUCAUAAAAUCUAUGAUAGACAAGUUGUUUUAUUUCUGACUGUGGGCAGAAAUCUGUAACUGAACAACUGAAAGUCUAAAUUUAUCGUAGAAGGAGGUAUAAAAACUAACAUGUGUUUGUUGUAAAAUUGAGAAUCAUGUAACCAGUGUACUUCUCAAAUAAAGUGCCGACAGGUCCUUGAGUUGUGGUUUUCAUAUUAGUUUGAGUAGAAAAGAUGUGUCUUGUAAAAAUGUAUAUAUUAAUAUGCGACAGUCAUAUCAAUACCAAUGGUACCUGGUAUAAAUUCUAUAAGAUAGGCUAACCAGAAUAAAAGAAAAACUAGUUAAAAAAUAGUUUCUAUCAUAUAUUUCUCUGUCAAAAUAUCUGAUGGUGAAAAGGAAUAUUUUGUAGAAUGUCACCUUGGUAACUCUUUUCAUUUGGGAUAGGACUUUCAGCACACUGUAUGACGGCUAUGUCAAAGGAUAAUCUUUCUCGACAGUAAGGGCAACUUCGAUAUAGUGUUCUUUCAUAGAAUGUAAAUCAAGAAUAUCUAAAAUCCUCUUGCUGCCAGGGAACCAAUAUGCACAGACUUUCCAUUGUUUAUUGUAGCAAGUCUUGUAUAUAAUCUAUACUUGACAGCAUAUUUGAUGCAUCAGCCUGGAGUUCAGGAACUUGGCACAAUAAACGUGUUUGCCAUGUGAUAGACUUCACCUUCUGAACAUACAUGUAGGACCUCGGCAGUUAGAGGGGCGUUGGUGGUGCUAAAUAUUUUGUUAAAUUCAUGUUUCAUAAAUUUCUACAUGGAGUAGCAUGGAGUAGAGGCCAUCAUCUUAUUUGCUCAAAAUACCUGUCACCAAGGAGUUGAGGAAAAGCUGUUGCUAGACCUCUGGAACAAUAAAAUGGUGGCUCUUGAGGAUGAGAUGGCUUUAUGUUCUGGCACUCUUUUGUUAGACUUGUUGGAAAGAUUGAUUAUAUAGGUGAGGGGCAAUGGAAGAAGUGAAUGGAUGAUUACUUAUCAGUGAUUUGAAUAUCCUUGAGCUCACCUUGUUGUCUGUUACUUAUUCACUGUAAAUAUAUACCCAAAUAUUGCAUACCGAUAAUGUCCCAUAAUUUCUGAAGCCUCCCAACACAAAGAGUAUAAAUGAUUGAGGCCUUUUGUAUUAAAAAACUAACUUUCUCAUUGUUCUAUCAAGGGUCAACUCUCAUGUUGAGAUGACCAGAAUGACACAGCUAAUAAUUGUGCUUGAUACAGUAAGGUCACAGCACAGGUUCUGGGCUCUAAUAAUCCUUGUUGACUAAAUGUACAGUGUGCCACUUUCUGUAACCAAAGUUGUACUAGUUGCUAAUGUAAAUAAAAUAUGUACAAAUGAUACUCUAAAAA